AUGUGCAGUCUAAAUUUGAUUACUCUACUCGUUGUUUUCUUCACCUCCUGUGCAACAAGUGAGCAACUGAAUGAAGCUAGGAAAUCAUGCAAAGUGAAGAAAAUAGUGAUACCAUCGGGAACACCUGUCCUAAGUAAAUUCAUUUAUUUGAAUUAUCAUGAUUCAUUUCGUUCGAAUGUUGUUCAAGAGGAAUGUGAAAAUCUUGCCGAGUCAGAUUCGUUUCGGACAAAACGAUCUGCAAGUGUAGUUUGGAGGGCAUUCGCAGAAACAGCGAAAAAAGUAGGGAAGCCAGCCCUAAAGUACUCUCUAAGAGCCGCAAGUGUAGGAAAAAAAGUGGGGAAGUACGGCUCCAAAGCAAUUGGAGCAGGAGUAAAAUUUGCCAGUUCGGAUUUCGCAUCGGGAAUUCUGGGAGCUGUCGUGAAGUUGAACAGAAAAUACGAAAUGGAUUCCAGUGAAGAGUUGGUCGAAAGAAGAGACCGGGAACAACCGAAGCGAAAGGAGAUCCAGAUUUUCAGGAGAAAUCUCAUUAAUCUGUUAGAUAACAACGAGAUUCAAGGGUACAUCCUGCAAGAUGAACAAGUUCAAACGAUUAUCAGCAAAAUGGUUGAUGGUUCAAAAUUGAGAGCUUCUGAUGUAGAGUGUAUCAAAGACGAUUUCACAGAUACGUAUCGUAUUCGGUUUCGUGUAGAAGUAGACCAAAAUACAUGGGUGAAAGCAAGACGAUGUAAUCAUCCAACAGUGUGUCCUGAAACUGCAUUAAAAAUGGAGGCAUGUGCAGCUGAGUUUGUCCAGAAAUGUAAAAAAUCAAAACAACCCGUGGACGCUUCAAGUAACGUCAGCCGUAUUCUUCCAUCCGGAGUCGUCUAUUACGGGAAUUCAAACGUUCUAACAUUAAGAAGACACAACCGCACAAUGAAGUUCAGGGUUUAUCCCCAUGAAUUGGAAUAUUUUCGAAUUUCUGAAGGCGACGAAAUUUGGAUUGGAAACGAUCUGCAUUUUUAUGUAUAA